CGUCCCGUGGUGCCUCCGCCGCUGGUGUUCAGGAUCGGGUCUGGCAGCCGGAGCGAGAGAAGAAGUGGGAGCUGCUGUUGCUGACUCGUCGCCUGCGGCUGGGAAGGGUGGUAUUGCUGGCUUCCGCAGUUCUGGCUAUAUGACAUAGAAUGCUGUGACAUCAAAUGAAAUGACUAGCUGAGGAAGUCUGGAAGUUGAACAAAUCUUAAAAGUUGCCAAGGUUGAGAAUCAUUGGUUUAAGCUGUAGUUGAGACUUUUCUGGAGAAUAUUGCAUUCUGCAGUGGAAAGAUCUGUUCAUCUUGAUGCUUAUGGAGAAUUGUUUGCUCGAAGCCUAUCUCUGAAUCUUCCAAGGACUUGCCUUAACAAGGAAGAGGAUUGGUGAUUCUUCACAGAGCCUGGGAUUUAGCAACUGGCUUCUAAUAUAACACCCUAUAUAACAAUGAUUGCUGUAUGGUCCCAUUUUCUACCUUUUAUCUGGCUUCAGCUUGUCUAGUUCUCAAAUUAGAGUUGAGAAACUUUUUGAAACGAGAGCUCAUUCCUACAUGCCAUAUUUGGGAAUUUCCUGUUCCAAAAAGAUUUUUAUGUGUUCUGGAUUUUUAUGUGUUCUGCCUUUUUACCCAAAGGCACUGUGAUCUUCAUAUGAUGAUUUUUUUAUCAUGGCAAAUGACACUUUAGAAGGUUUUCAUGAAGUGAAUCUAGCUUCCCCCACUACUCCAGAUCUUUUAGAAGUGCACGAAUCUAAAGCUUCUGAAGAACCUACCUCACCUACCAUUAUUUACCGGCUUCAUCCUUCAGCUGUGUGCUCCUUACCUAUUCAACCAAGUGCUCUGAAUGUGACUGACCUUCCUACACAACCUGUCUACUCAUCUGCCAGGCACCUAAAUUGUGCAGAAACACCAGGUAUCAGCAUCAAUGUCACAGAAACUGUACCGUGUUCUACCUCAGGAAGCUAUGGCGGGUUGUCCAAACAUGAUCAUUCCAGGAAGGACAACUGUAGCGCAGAGAGAGAAUUUUUGCAGGGUGCAACAGUAACAGACUUUUCUGAAGGAAGAGAUGAUGUUUUUGGGCUAAGCACAGAUAGCCUGUCUCGUUUGCGAAGUCCAUCGGUAUUGGAAGUUAGAGAGAAAGGCUAUGAAAGACUGAAAGAGGAACUUGCUAAAGCUCAAAGGGAGCUCAAACUAAAAGAUGAAGAAUGUGAGAGACUUUCCAAAGUACGUGAUCAACUUGGCCAGGAACUGGAGGAACUCACUGCUAGCCUGUUUGAGGAAGCUCAUAAGAUGGUGAGAGAAGCUAAUAUAAAGCAGGCCACAGCAGAAAAACAGUUGAAAGAAGCACAAGGAAAAAUUGAUGUACUUCAGGCUGAAGUAGCAGCUUUGAAAGCAUUAGUGCUAUCUACUUCUCCAACUUCACCAACAAAAGAGCUUCAGUCUAGUGGAAAAACACCCUUCAGAAAAGGCCACACAAGGAACAAGAGUACAAGUAGUGCAAUGGGUGUCAAUAACCAGGAGGGUAACAUGAUGCAGCCAAUUGUAAAGGACUGCAAAGAGGCUGAUAUAUCUUUAUACAACAAAUUCAGAUCCUGGAAAGAUGAUCCUACCAUGGACAGGACAUGCCCUUUUCUCAAUAAAAUCUAUGAAGAAGAUAUCUUUCCAUGCUUAACCUUUUCAAAAAGUGAGUUGGCCUCUGCUGUCCUGGAAGCUGUAGAAAACAAUACAUUAAGCAUUGAACCUGUUGGUCUGCAGCCUGUUCGAUUUGUAAAAGCUUCUGCAGUUGAAUGUGGAGGACCCAAGAAAUGUGCUCUCAGUGGACAAAGUAAAUCCUGCAAGCAUCGAAUCAAGCUGGGGGACUCAGGAAACUACUAUUAUAUUUCUCCUUUCUGUAGGUAUAGGAUCACAUCAGUGUGUAAUUUCUUCACAUACAUUCGAUAUAUUCAGCAGGGGCUUGUGAAACAGCAGGAUGUGGACCAGAUGUUCUGGGAAGUAAUGCAACUGAGGAAAGAGAUGUCGCUGGCAAAACUUGGCUAUUACAGGGAGGAGCUGUAACUCCAGCAUUUCUGGUGCCUGCAUGAACUUCCAUAACUGUACAUAUAUUUGAGCCGGUUCUAUAUCUAUGUCUAUUUAUUUUAAAAUGGGUCCAAGAUUAUGUGCAAAAUUGCACUACAUACUCCUAUAAUUCAACAGAAUAAUUUUACACAAGAGAUUAAAGCUGGCAAGGCAAGAGAAUUUUCAGGUAUACUUGUGACUAUAACUUAUGACUGAGAAAUUCAGAUGAAACACUGCUCAAGAUUUAUGUGCUUUUUUGUGUGUUCUAGAGAGUUUUUAAUAUAAAAUUUCAGCUUAAUAAAAGGUUAAAUCUGAA